GGAGGGCAGAGGAGCGCGCGCGAGUGCUACAGGAGCUGGCGCUGCUCCGGCUCCCCUCGCUGUCAGUGCCGCCGCUUCCGCCGCUGCCGCCACCGCCGCCGCGCUUCUCCCGCCUCUUCGCAGCGCCGUGAGGACCAGAGAGACGGGGGAAACAGGCAGACGCGCGAACCCGGAAUCGAGCCCGCUCUCGUCCUUCUCCAUCUUCCGGGACCUUGCCGCCGAGGAGCUCGUCCCCGGGCCCCCCCCCCAGUGCUGGCAGUGCCCCCCUCGCUCUCCUCCCUCUGCCCUCGUCCUCCUUGGCUCUUCUCAGAUCCCUGGCCGGUAUAUGGAUAGAAGUUCCUUGUUUCAGCUCAUACAAGAGCAGCUGGACCCAGAAAACACCGGUUUCAUCGCAGUGGAGAACUUCACCAACCUGGUGGAGCACCAUGAGCUGCAGCUGGAUCCAUCCAAGCUGGAGCUGCUUUUCGCCCUGGUGCAGAGCAACGAGGAUGGCCAGGUGUGCUACCAGGAGCUCAUCGAGCUGAUGAGCAGCAAGCGCACCAGCAGUUUCCGGCGGGCCAUCGCCAACGGGCGCCGCACACUGCAGAGGGAGAUCCUGCUGGAUGAGACGGGCCUAGGUGUCUACAAGCGCUUUGUGCGCUACGUGGCCUACGAGAUCCUGCCCUGCGAGACGGACCGCCGCUGGUACUUUCACCAGAACCGUCUGUGUCCGCCUCCCAUCUUCAUGGCCAUCGUCACGGUUGUUCAGAUCAUCGUGUUCCUCUGUUAUGGCGUAAUGCUGAACAAGUGGGUGCUGCAGACCUACCAGCCUGACUUCAUGAAGAGUCCUUUGGUGUAUCACCCCGGGCACCGGGCGCAAGUGUGGCGCUUCUUCAGCUACAUGUUUAUGCAUGUUGGGCUGGAGCAGCUGGGCUUCAACGCACUGCUGCAGCUGAUGAUCGGCGUCCCCUUGGAGAUGGUGCACGGCAUCCUGCGGAUCAGCCUGCUCUACAUGGCUGGGGUGGUGGCUGGCUCCCUGACGGUAUCUAUCACGGACAUGAGAGCUCCAGUGGUGGGAGGGUCCGGAGGGGUCUACGCUCUGUGCUCUGCGCAUCUGGCCAACGUUGUCAUGAACUGGGCUGGGAUGCGAUGUCCAUACAAGCUGCUCCGGAUGAUCCUGGCCCUCGUUUGCAUGAGCUCAGAGGUGGGCCGUGCCGUGUGGCUCCGCUUCUCCCCACCUCUGCCCUCAUCCGGCCCACAACCGAGCUUCAUGGCCCACCUUUCCGGGGCCGUGGUGGGCAUCAGCAUGGGUCUGCUCAUCUUGCGAAGCUACGAGGAGAGCUUGCAGCAGCAGUGCUCCUGGUGGGUCAUCAUCUUCUCCUUUGUCACCUUUCUCCUCUUCGCCAUCUUCUGGAACAUCUUCGCCUACGAACUGCUUGGAGUGCAGAUACCACCGCCACCGUGAGGGCGGUGCCACUGUCCUGUGCUCCCACCAGUACGGUCUACAGCUAACCUCAUGCUCUUCUCCACCUCAACUGGUCAGAUGCAAACACACCCUGAAAACACGGAUGGAUAAUUCCGGAACUGGUUCUUAAAGGAAAAAAAAGAAAAAAGCAGAACAGUACUUUCAGAAGCAUAGCAGUUUGUUUUCAACGCCAUCAGAUUUUUAGAAAAACUGUACCUUGUACAGGAACAUGUAUCAGCUAGAGUUUCUCAAACCCCUAUCAACAAAGCCACAUAAAAAUCCCUUCUGUCUCCACUGUGGUAGCCUCAUUACUCUCAUGCUGAUUGUAACUUUAAAAGAGUAAAUUUGGAGAACUCUGCACAAAGCAGUAUUUCUGCAGUUUUAAAAGGUCUGCUAAUUCAAAAAAAAAAAAAAAAAAAAAAAAACUGAGAGGGGGAGCCAUCAAGGUUUUUAGUAUGUAGUACGUUUCAGUGUUUAAUAUAUUUGCACUGUCUUGGCAUUCUGGUUUUUUGGAUUUAACCAGAACCAGUAACUCACUGUGUAGAUUAAUAAUCAGAGGAAAUGAUUAUAUAUUCAGAGGUGUUGACAACAGUUAAUGGAGGCAGCUGGUGUGGAAAAGGGAAAACUAGAUUGUAGUUGGCAGUAGGAGCCGCACAACGGUGUGCUGCCGGUAGUGUGGCCGUCGUCCUCCAGGAGGUUUCAGCCGGCCUCUCGUUGCCCUAACAUUACGCCGCGCUAACUAGUGCUCCUCAUUGUCUGUCUCCAGUUUUACCCCAUUAAUGGUGUAAACACCACUUCUUGCUUUCAUCAUAUCAGCCUGAUUGCUUAUAUCAAACGGGCUAAAUGCGAGUGACUGUUGCGUUCGCCUGCUGAGCCACAGACCGACAGGCCAGGGUGCGUUGACAUGCCACCUACAGUCAUGAGCCCUCCAUCUCCGCGUGGGGCAACGGAGGCUGUCAGUGCCCGAAAAAUACCUCAGUGUCCUAAAGACUGUUUUGUAUAGGAAUGUACCUAAAUUUGUUUCAGUCAUUUAUCCUGGUCUGCUCAUUCUUUCAUUCUCUAUAAUUCAUCUUCAUCACUUGGUCAGCACCCUGUUAUUUUUCCUUUGUUGGGAAAAUGCCGUUCAAAAUGUUUCAAAUGGUGCAAAAUAAUUGCUAUGAUUGUUGUUAUUACUCCUGCGAUUUUCUUAGUAAACAGUUGGUGAAAAAAGAAAACCCCAGAUAAAUAACUGUCAAAUACAUCAUAGUCUAUAGAUCAUUCUCUCUUAUUUUUUUCGCAAAAUAAGCCAUAUACGCUGAAAGUACCUAAUCAGCAUGGACCAUUUCUGGAGAACUUUGUAGCAACUUGGAAAGACAAAAGAAAUUCUAAACUGCAUUUCAGUAAACAGAAACUGAAAAAUACAAAUGCCUGUCUGUACGUGCUGGUACACAUUGUCUUUCGGGUUACAAACUAUCCGUAUAGCUUUGCCCUUUUUCUGACAUGCCCCCGCUGCUGUGUGUAGUAGAACAGACCCUGAUGAAUAUUUAUGUCUGUGAGCAGCCAUGUUAAUUAUACUGCAGUGAUUUCCAUCCAUUGUUGCUUCGGCUUUUGGUCUCAAGGCUCUUAUUACCAUGCCAGAAGAUUUGUGUGUCUCGCAAAAAAUAACUAGAUCUUGGCAAAUUAAGACCAGACCAGGUACGAGGAAGCAGCGCUGGCCAAGAGUGCAUUUGGUAAUAUGUCACGCUAAAGAGUCCUUUCGCUUUAAGUUUUUAAAUUGAAUAUUUAUAGCUGGCGGAUAUUGAAUCACCACCGACGUUUCAUCUAUUUAACAUCUCAUUGACUUAUGUUGCAAAGCAAGAUUGGCCCUCAUCUUUGGCCUGAAACAUUUGCGUGUAUGUGAGUUCUUAGUGUAGGGUUAGAAAAGGGCUUUUCGUGUAUGGUCGGUGUUAGCGGGCUGCCCACAGCAUGGUGGGACAGUUGCGAGGUUGGUGACCGUGGCUCUUGCGGCACACGUCCCUCACUGCCCCAUUUGUUACAGUAGGGGAGAGCAGGAGCUCUUCAACAGCAACAUAACCAGGGCUUAGCAAGUACAGGGAGUGUGGAGCCAUCUACGUAGAACAUGAUCUCUCACUGUGUCGUGACUUUUUGCGAUGAAGACUGAUCAACACACCAUGCACGUUGGCACUUACUAGGACUCAAGAGCCCAAAGGUUCAAAAUAGCGACCUGCAAACAGUCACCGACGAUACUGUAACCUGAGAGGUCAAGAGUUUCAGUGGAGAAAUUCAAAGAACAUUACAGUGAAAAUAGUCUUAGCAGAACAUGUGUGACCAUGUGGGGACAAGCAUUAAAUGUAUGCUUCUGCAGUUUAUAUUCAUAAAUGCUUUCAGUUAGGUCAUUGGAAGCUGAAAGAAGACGCAUGGCAAAAUUUUUCAUUUCUUCAUAAUCCAAAGUAGUAGUGAAUAAAGUCUGAAAAAAAAUCAUUGGAUAAAAUUAAAUGAAGGACUAACCAGUGUUUAGGGAGGACUUGACACGUGUGAACUCAAGUAAAUGGCGAGGCGCCUAUUACGUCCUACCUUCUUACUGCUCAUUUACAUGAUGUGAUGAACAAGGUCAGUCUCUGACGGUCCACAGAGAGUCAGUAGAGCCUGUGAGAGGUGCUGCAUUCUACUGCCUAGCUGCCUCUUGCUUUUCACCCUUCGCCGUUUCAGGAUUUUUCCACUCGGAGAGGAUGACUCCAUAAGAACCAAGGUAAGAACAGCAAGUUAACCAUACAUUCUGUACUGCGGGAACAGAGAAACUAUGUGAACUUAUAACCAUCGUAGUCAUUUUUUUACACUUACUCAGCAGGGUAUCUGUGUGGGACUGAUUAUCUUGACUGUUGAACGUGCAUCAUGGGAGCGACGGCUCCAUAGCGACAGGCUGAGCCGAGUCCCGCAUGUGGUGUUGUUUCAUGUAAUGUAAAUACAAAAAGAUCAAAAUACCUUCCUCCCUCGCCUUAGACUGUACCGUGGUAGAGAAAACAGAAACGACAGAAAACAAGGGUUUUUGUUCCUCUGUGUUUCAUUGCAUGAGAAAGUAUUAAAAAAAAACAGCAGCUAUUGUAACUGAAUAUUGAUAAGUGUGUGGGUUACCUGGCAGAAAUGAGGAAAGCAGUUGUGUUGUAUGGGUACUGUGAGAAAACUGCAGAGUCUCCCACCAGUGGCUGUUCCCUAACCACACAGUUCCUCAUAGUAAAACAUUCCUAACUGGUGUUCCUUCCAGUCCCAGUUGUGAACGCCAUAGAAGUCGUGAAAUCAGAGCAGAAGUGGUGAAAUACUGCAGACAAAAAUGUUAUUGAUGCUAAGCUGGAAAGGGGCAGUUGGUUUGGCCUAUAUAGGUAAGAGUCCACAUCGCCACCCUCGAGGUAUACAGGCAAACCUGAUAUUAAUUUGGAAAUGAGCAUGAUGGCUGGAAAAAAUGGCGUAACUACAGAGCACACAGGGUUAAGACCACCUGCCUGACUCUUCUUAUAAGUCAAAUUUCUUGUGACAAAUCAGAUAAAUUGGCUUGAUUUUAACAGCCAUCCACAUACAGAAUCCAGCUUCUUUUGUGUUUCUUUUUUCCUUUCAUUACUUGACAUUAUUUUCGACAGAGGAAGUAUUUGUG